CAAAUAAUACAGACUUUUAUUUCCUUGAAAUAUUUUGAAGUUAGUAAAGUUCAUUAUUUUUAAUUCAUGUAGUAAAUAGUGUUAUCUAAUCAACAUAUUUCAAAGAUCAUUCGCCCUUUUUUCAUUUUUCAAUUUUAUCGUAAUUUGUCGGCAUAAAAGAUGUUCAGUGGAGACCAACGGAGAAAUGAUAUGAACGCAGAUAAUCAUUCAGGAUUGAAAAUGCUAUCUGGUGCGGCCGUCCAGUUUGCUGGAGCGGUGUUGAACGAACUUGGACGUCGUAGCCAACCACCUCAUGUGCCACAACAGUCACGUAAACCAAAAGCAUGCUCAGGUGAACAGGCGGCAGGCAACAAUCAUCGUGUAAGUUCAUGUAACAAAAGAGGACGUCGGUCACAUGCCUAUGUUAUGCCAUAUAUACAUAAAACUGGUCAUCUCAAGCCAAAUAAUAUAAUCUUCAUCUGCGGAGUACCACGACCAAAGGCGACAAGGUUCACAGUUUACCUGCAGAAUGGCGACAAGUUUCAACCUUCAUUAAUCACAUUUUGUUUUGAUGUACGAUUUUCUUACGGCUAUGAUAGGAAUUGCAUUGUACGAAACCAUAAAGAUGGUGGGUGGGGUAUGGAAGAGAGGCAGAUUGGGUAUUUCCCGUUUAAAACUGGUGAACAUUUCGAGAUGAUCAUUUUGGUUGAACAAGGCUGUUUUAAGGUGGCCGUGAACGACAAGCAUAUGCUGCAGUUCAAUCACAGGAUCCGGCAACUCGACCGUGUCGAUACCCUUCGCAUUGAUGGUGACGUCACACUUACCCAGGAAGAGGCGUCACGACGUGAGAGAUGCUUCAAAAUUGGUGCUAGAGUGACAAAUUUGGCAGGGUCGUUCCUCGGUGAGGUCAGCAAAGUUGCAAUCCAAGCCGAUCGGCCUGUUUGCGAGAAGUCCGGAUUUGGACAUUCUCCUGUUACGGAAAAAGUGUCACGGCGUGAGAGAUGCUUCAAAAUUGGUGCUAGAGUGACAAAUUUGGCAGGGUCGUUCCUCGGUGAGGUCAGCAAAGUUGCAAUCAAAGCCGAUCGGCCUAUUGGCGAGAAGUCCGAAUUUGGACAUUCUCCUGUUACGGAAAAGGCGUCACGGCGUGAGAGAUGCUUCAAAAUUGCUGCUAAUGUGACAAAUUUGGCAGGGUCGUUCCUAAGUGAGGUCGACAAAGUUAUAAUCCAAGCCGAUCGGCCUAUUGGCGAGAAGUCCGGAUUUGGACAUUCCCCAUUUACGAAAGAAAUGGAUGAUUUUUCUCGCCCAACAUCUCCCGAAGAAUUCAGACAAUCACAAGCUCCUUACAUUAAAAACAUCCAUGGUCUCCAUGAGGGCAAGAUCAUUUUGGUGUGUGGGAUCCCAAACUCUAACGCCAAAAGCUUCUCGAUAUAUCUUCAACAAGGAGAGAGUCGCGAUCCAAAAUUUGUUGCCAUGGUAUUUGAUGUUAGAUUUAAGUGGGGUACACCUGUCAGUACAAACUGCGUAGUAAGAAAUCACAAGGAAGGAGCAUGGGAUAGCAGACAGGAGGAAAGAUCUGCUCCGUGUUUUCCAUUCCAACGAGAAAAAGAAUUUCAGAUCAUUAUCUUGGUUGACCGUGAUUGUUUCAAGGUCGCAGUUGAUGAUCAGCAUUUUGUGGAAUUUAAUCACAGGAUCAAGACCUUCAGCUGUAUUGAUACACUCCGUAUUGAUGGUGACGUCAUGAUCUCCACCGUGCAAAUCAAAGAAUGAUAGUUGCAUGGCAAAGACCAUAUAGAAACACUUAUUCCACGUGAUGAAGACUCUAUUUAUUUCUCUGAAUUUUUCAUUUGAAUUGUAUUCGGGUAUAAAUAAUUUGAUUUGUAUGCGUGCAAUUACAUUAGUUGAUAUCUGUGGAAAUUGAUGCAAUUUUAUAGUGACAUACACAGUUUAAAAACACUUGAAAAUAGAAACUAUUUAGGGAACAUAUAAAAAAAUGCCAAGAUUUAUUCCAACAUUUAAGUGACCUAAAAUUGAUAUCCAGUUUCAAGUUUAACGUUUUGACGACUUAAAUAAUUGUGCCAUAUAUGUGAUUGUACAUUAAUAAUGUCCGAUAAAAAACCAAAUUAAAUAAUGCGAAAGUGAAAGUGUCAUCUAUUUUUGAAUGUUCGUUAAUCUAUCUAUACCUAUACCUACUCUCUUAUCUAUCUAUUUAUCUUCCAUUAAUGUCAAACCCCUAGCGAGGACAUAGACAUGACUCUAAACUAGUCACUUCAGUUUAACAUAAAUACGUAAUACAAAUUACGUAAAACGUCAAUUUCAUUUUGUUAUACGGUAAAAAAAACACUACAAAUACAUGGACGUAUAAAACAAAUGAGUCAUCGUAAACAAACCCAAAAGGUAUAUUUGAUGCUUUCAAAUUAUCUGUCUUUCGGCCAAUGUGGGUUUUGCCAUUACGUGCGUUUCUAACAUAGUCCCCUCUUCUUCUUGUAGUUUAUAAUUUCAAAAGCAUGAUUAAAAUACUGCUUAAAUAAUCAAACUAUUGUUAAACCAAGUUUUAAGUGACUGUGUACCUGAAUAAAAAAUAUUUUAAUAUUUGUACCAUGUAGGUAUAUAUAAAAGUGAUAUCGUGAUAACUUGGCAUACCGUGAUUGCGCGGAUUAGUAAUCAGAUAUCAACCCAAGGGAACACUUAGUUAGGGGAACACUUCAUUUCAAUAAUUUAAUAUCAAUUAUUACUUACAGUAAAUUUAUACAGCUGAGUUCAGAAACGCCAAACGUUACAUAUUAAGUUUAUAAAGAGAUAUUUGCUCCUUUUUUUCCUUUAGCUGGAUCACGUGCUCUGCCCUUUUUAAAACAUUUUAAAGAAUAUAUUUUCCUUAGCUCAUCUCGAAACAUUGUGUCAAAAAACCGUAAACGUAGCAGUUUAUCGUACUGUUAAGGAACGAGCAACAAAACACUAUGUGAUAUAUCGUUUGCCAGGCAAAUGAUAAACUGGAAACAAAAUUUUCCGUGGUAAGAGUUAUUACGUGGAGUAUAAGACCCUGGUGUAAGGCAUGAUCAACACCACACUGGUGUAUUGUCCCUUAUUAUGUUAUCGCUAUUAGCGAAGACCCCCUCUUACGGUAUCUGUUCACACAUAGUAAUAAUAUGACACUGGUUAUAUUACCAUGUUGAUCAUGUUGAGGAUUACUGUUUUAUUAUACAAUAAUUGUAAUAUCUAUUUUGAAAUUUUCUUUACAUAUCUUAUGAAUAUUGUUUUCUUUUUCUUUCUUUUUUUUUUGUGUUUUAUGUGCUAUUUUAAUACUGAGUUUUUACGUGUACUACUUUUUUUUAAAUUAAAAUUGUAAAAUAAAUUUUAAGAAUUAAAUUGUCAUAUUGACCGACGAUUAUAAGAUAAAAAUUAACUGUAAAAAGCCAGUAAAUUAUGGCUAAUAUCUUUCAAUAUAUUAUAUUGUUUAUUCUUAAGCCAUGUACAUUUGUAUUUUUCGUUAUCAUUUUUUUAAGAUUAUCAAUCAAUUGAAUAAUUCAUAAAAUCUAAUUUGUAACUUAGAAUGAUUCCUGAGCAUCUUUACUUUACACGAAUA